AUGGGGAUGGGGAUGGGGAUGAGGAUUAGGAUGAAGUUUGUUGGGAAAAGAAUAGGAAGUGAAGGGAGAGGAAGGGAGAGGAAAGGAAAGGAGAUGAGGAGAGGAGAUGAGGAGAGGAAGGGAGAGGAGAUGAGGAGAGGAGAACGGUACAUGAAAAGUUACAAUGAAAAUGAGAAUGAAAAUGAAAAUGAGAAUGAAAAUGAAAAUGAGAAUGAAAAUGACAAUGAGAUUGAGAUUGAGAUUGAGAUUGAGAUUGAGAUUGAGAUUGAAAUUGAGAUUGAGAUUGAGAUUGAGAUUGAGAUUGAGAUUGAGAUUGAGAUUGAGAUUGAGAUUGAGAAGUCCUGUGUUUUUAUGGAUACGGGUUUGUAG